GAUUCUUCUGUGAACAAAAAAACGAGUUUAUAUUUUUAUUGAUCUGAUUAAAUGAAAUUUAUUAAUUGUAAAGAAAUUAUACCAACAAAUUCUAUGGAUCAAGGGAUUUUUAUCGAUACUAACUUUAUUCUUUAGAAAUUCACCGUAACUGGGAGUGCCGCUAGAUCGCAGUUGAACAUGCUCCGAAAGGAUUGGAGUGAAUUUUACGUUAUAUGCGAAAAAAGAUUGCUUUUUUAUUUUUCAAAAGUAAUAUGGUAUCUCGAACGAUUUCUUUAAAAUCUUAUGCAAAUCUUUUAUAAACGAUAUGUGAACAUUGAAUUAAGAAGAAGACAAACAAUGUAUCGGUGAAACUGGCAUGAAAAUGUACAGCGGUGUUAAGUGGCCUCUGUGAUGUAUUGCGAACGGUGCUUAACCUAACUUUUCAUCGACGCUUCUACACGGCGUUUUCUUGCGAUAAUGGUCAUGGACAAUCUUGUCAUUUUAUAAUCAUUUUUAUGUGAAAAAUUAAUUUGAAUGAUGUGACAAAUGUUUCUUUUUGCUUCAUAUUUCUGAAGCUUCUUUAUGAUUAUUGAUCAUAAUUAAACUGUUAUGUUGAGCACUUAUAUAGUGUUCAUUAGUGUAUUGUGUUGUGUAUAGUGCUCAGAUUGUACAAAGUUUUACUUUUUGUGCAAAUUAUAAUUGUUAUAUUGAACUUGUGAUGGUCAUGGUGACAUUAUCAAAUUAUAACUGUGACAUACAAUUGCAAAGGAAGAUAACUUAAUGAGAUGGAUAAUAGAAAGAACACAUGCUUUGGGAAUUAAUGGGUAUAUGCUUUUCCUGCAGGAGACCUACAGGCAGCAGGCUGAAUAAUAAAAUCUCAGAACAUAUCUCAGCAUCAGUAACACCCCUCCAUGUUUGUCUGGAGGAACAAAGAGGACCAGAACUGGGCUCUUGUGACGCCUCGGCUUAUAAGCCACAGGCAAAAAAGUUAUUUGAAAAGCAGAAAACAAAAGAAAGGAGUAGUAAAGAAGAAGUGGAAACUGAAAUUAUUGCAAUCAAAACAGGAGAUUUGAAAUUCAGUCAGCCAAGUAUGUCCAAUACUAUCAGUAAUAUGAAGAUGACUAACCGUAUUAAAGGAAUGGUGAGCAAACGUCGUAGGCGUUUCACAGAAGAUGGUUUUGAUCUUGAUCUCACAUAUAUAAGAGAUAAUUUAAUAGCAAUGGGAUUUCCAGCUGAAAAAUUAGAAGGAGUAUAUAGGAAUCAUAUAGAUGAUGUUGUCAAACUGUUGGAAUCUAGACAUAAAGAUCACUAUAAGAUUUACAAUUUAUGUUCAGAAAGAUCUUAUGAUUUUAAAAAAUUUAAACAAAGAGUAGCUACAUAUGCAUUUGAUGAUCAUAAUCCACCAAUGUUGGAUCAAAUUAGACCAUUUUGUGAAGAUGUACAUGAAUGGCUUUCUCGGCAUCAAGAAAAUGUAGCUGUAGUUCAUUGUAAAGCGGGUAAAGGUCGAACAGGUGUUAUGGUGUGUUGUUACCUUCUUCAUAUUAAACAAUUUCCCACUGCCACAGAAGCCCUUAAUUACUAUGGAACUAAAAGAACACACGAUAGAAAGGGUGUAACAAUACCUUCACAGAGGAGGUAUGUGGAUUAUUAUGCUACUCUUGUACAAGAAGGAUUAAAUUAUCAACCUGUUACAUUGUUGUUACGAAAAAUACAAUUGGAUCCGGCACCCAUUUUCCAUGGAGGUCAAGGAUAUUUACAUUGUGUAAUAUCUGAAUCUAAAAAAAAGAUAUUUAGCUCUGAUAUAGUGGAAGUACGCAAAGGAAUGCAUACAAUUAGUAUCCCUUUAAAACACAGUGUAGCAUUGACAGGAGAUAUACGAGUGGAUUUCUUUAACAGACCAAAAAUGAAACGAAAGGAGAAAUUGUUCCAUUUUUGGUUCAAUACAUUUUUUGUACGGGAUUAUUUAUCGCCAGAAUAUGAUAACGGAGAGUUACCAGUUGAGCGUUCAACUAGGGCAUUGAGUUGCGAUGGUACAACUAUGGAAUUACCAAUGGUUAUGUCGCAUAUGAAAUCCCGGGCCGGAUCGCUGGCUAGUCUCGGACCUAUGCCACCUACUCUUGUUUUAAGUAUAGAUAAAUGGGGUUUGGAUGACGCACAUAAAGAUAAACAUCACAAAGUGUAUAGUGCUGAUUUUAAAGUUAGUUUAUUUAUGCAUCGAAUGGGUGGUACUAUAUCGCAAGCUGUAUCAGCGACAACAAAUAGAACAGGAGAGGGUAUACAAAUAGGAAUGGGAGGACAAGACACUCCGAGCGAAUCAAGUGAAGCGGACAGCAGUGAAUGCGAUACGACCGGAGAUACAACGGGUGAUGAAGAUGGGGAAUCUGGUGAGUCUUCUGCAUCUCUGGUGGUGAAUCACCAUCCUCUUACACACAGCAGUAGCCGUACACACGUUAGUAUUCACCAAAGAGCUAGUCUCAGAGAAACUGCAAAGGGUUUACUCUCACGUGGGGAUAAAAAUAGAAGUAGUCAUCGGCAAACCACAAGCAAUGUGAAACGUUCUUCAGCUCUUGUACGUUCAGCCACGUUUGAUACAUAAAAAAAUUAUAUAUGUAUAUAUGUAUUAUUAUUAUAUAUGUAUAUAUAUGUAUAAUUUUUUUAUUUUAUGUACAUAUUGUGUGUAUAUAUAUAAAUAGCGCACGCGCGUACUAUAUAUACACAUAACGCACACAUAUGCACGCCCUCACACACAGAGUAUUUUGUACUUAAUGAGUUGAGUUCUUUGAACUGAUAUAUGAUUUUUACAACAAAUUUAUGUAAAACUAGAUCGUGCUACUAGUUUUUCUUUGUUAUGCCAGCAUGAAAAGUUUCAAUAAGUUCUUAAAUGCAUCAAUUUUACCUAUGUUUUUUGCUAUUGAACAUUAUGAACGUAUAUAUAAAAAGAUUUUGGUUAAUCAGUUUUAAGAUAAGAGGAGUUAAAACAAAUUAAUAACAGAAAUUAAUACUUUGGAAAAACACAUUUUUAAAUGAGAAAAAUAUGAAUUUUAUAAUAAUUAAAAAUACUUAUUUUAAUAUUAUUCCUUUAGUAAUAUAUUGGCCGAAUAAAUUUUUAAUAUUCUUUUUUAAUUCCAAAUUUAUCUAUUAAUCAAAAUAAUAGAGCCUACCUCCACGAUAUAUUAACAAAGUUUUAAUUAAUAUUCAAAACUAAAAGAAUUGUAAAUUAAGAAACAAACAAAGAAAUUAACAAACAUUGUAUAUUUUUGCAUAGCAGAUACUGUUUGCAAAAUAUUAAGAUGUUCCAGUAUUUGAUGUUAAAAUUUUUUCUUUUUUUCAUCUUUUUUUAAAAUGGAAAUUAUUGGUUAUUUAUUAUUAAAAAUUAUUUUAAAAAAAUGAAUCUUAUAAUAUUAUGAUUAUUACAUAUGUUCCAUUUAUUAUAUUAGAUUUCUCACGUACUUUGUUGAUGACUGUUUUUGUAAUUGUUCGAAAUAGUAAAAUUUGAUGUAUAUGUAUAUAUAUUGAAUAAGAGAAGUCUCUUAGUGGUGAAAAGAAAGUGCCGUCUUUUGCGUUUAUGCAAUUAUGUAAUAACGUACUAUGUACGAAACUAGUAUUUGUUUUGUAAUUGUAUGACAAAGCCAAUUUGUAGAGAAUAAUUGACUAAAAGUACAGAAUAAGAAACGCGACAAUUUGUAAUUGUAAUGUUUUAUCGUUUGUAUUUGUAUUCUUUGUGGCAUUAUGAAGAAAACGUAUGAUUCAAAUGUAUCCUGAUUGCCUUACACUUUGUGAUGGUCGUAACAUUUUGAAAAUAGCAAAGUUAAUUUGCAUAGAUUGGAGAGCAAUAGUAAAAAUUUAAUACAACGCAUCUACAUGUACAGAAAAUUUAAUCGUUUCGAUUUCACAAUAGAAAUAUGUUACACAUAUAUUAACAGGCUG